UUAUAAAGUUUUCGUAUACAUGUUGCUUUCAUGACAAUUUCAUUACUUUGCAUGUGUUUUUUGUAGACGAAAAUGUUGGCUCUUGCUGUUUUGGGAAUCGUCUGUGGUCUUUCUUCUGCCACUUACCCUGGGUAUUAUCCUCAGAACGGAUACCAGACUGGUUUCUCUGGAUUCAGGCAACCAGGAUCGUCAAGUUUCCUCUAUUCUCCUUUCUCCAGUGGAUUUGGUUCUACAGGGGGUUUGAACACUGGGUUCGGUACCGGUUUUGGUACUGGUUUAAACAACGGCGCUUUGGGAGGACUUUCUGGUUUUGGAGGAAACACUGGAUUUGGAUCCUCCUAUCCUGUAACCUACGGGGUUGGUUUUCCUGGGAGUAACGUAGGUGGCUUAGGAGCCGCUGGACUCGGUGGCAUAGGAGCCACUGGACUCGGGAGCGUACUAGGCGCUGGACUCGGGGGAGUAGGAACCACUGGAUAUGGCUUAGGAACCACUGGAUUCGGUCUAGGAACCACUGGAUUUAAUGGUCUUGGAUUAUCUGGAUUUGGUAGACCCACCGGAUAUAACUAUGGAACUUAUCCCUCUUUCACAGGCGGACAAGGAUUUGGUGGAGCUGGUGGAUUCGGACCUACUGGUGGAUUCGGUGGAUUAGGAUCUACUGGUGGAUUUGGACCUUCUGGUGGAUUCGGACCUUCUGGUGGAUUCGGUGGAUUAGGAUCUACUGUUGGAUUCGGACCUUCUACUGGAUUCGGACCUACUGGUGGAUUCGGUGGAUUAGGAUCUACUGGUGGAUUCGGACCUUCUGGUGGAUUCGGUGGAUUAGGAUCUACUGUUGGAUUCGGACCUACCGGUGGAUUCGGACCUUCUGCUGGAUUCGGACCUUCUGGUGGAGUUGGCAGUACCUUAGGAUACCCUAGUUACCCAAAUCAUUAUGGCAAACGUAGCAAAAAAGUAUACUAAGGAAUCGCUCUAAUGAAUGUGGGAUAACAACAGACACCAACAUCUGCUUAUUUGUUUUUUUAAUACAUGUAUAUUGCAAUUAAUAAUUCUGAUUUGUCAUUUAUCAUAUCUUUGACAACAUAUGUCCUCA